CGGGAGAUUAUCGUCUUCAUUUGUUCGCCGUUGGUGUCAGACCCUGAAUUUUCUUUGUAAUUAAGCUCCAUUUCCGUUUGCUUUGCUUCACCAAGGCCUUUUCAUUCUCCCCGUUCUUUUCUUGAACUUCAAUUCCACUCGCAUUGCUUCUCAAUCUUACUUUCUCUUCCAUUUUCCUAGGGUUUUCAUCAGUUUCUUUGUAAUCGUUUACUUUAUUUUCACGAUUCAUUCCCGAGCUCUCUUGCGGUCGCCUCUGCAUCAUGCCGGUGCAUCUCACGCCGAAUGCAAUCUCUGCAAUUGUCGCUGGUGACGUUAAUUCCAAGCCCCUGGUGCAGGUCCUAGAUAUCAAGCUGAUCGGUAAUACGCAGGAGAGGUACAGCCUCUUGAUCUCCGAUGCUGUUUCUACCGAGCAGGCUAUGCUCGCAACUCAGCUCAAUGAUAUUAUUAAGACUGGACGAGUCAAGAAAGGAUCAGUUAUCCAGUUGAUCGAUUAUGUUUGCAGUCCCAUUAAGAGCCGCAAGGUUAUUGUUGUGCUCAGCCUGGAAACUAUUAUAUUGGACAGUGAGAUAAUUGGGAAUCCAAAAUCAUCUGCUCAAUCAGAGAAUUUUGCACAAAAGGCAAUGCCAUCUGGAAAUUUAGAGCAACCUGCCAAGGUUGGUAAUCGUCUUGUGAGUGCCAGAAAUCCAGUUAAUAAUGUGCAGAGCUUCCAAGCUACAGUUCAACCUCCGUAUCAGCCACCUCCAAAUUAUAAAAAUCAUGGUGCAAUCAUUAAGAAUGAGGCACCAGCCCGUGUAAUUCCCAUAGCUGCGUUGAAUCCUUAUCAGGGACGAUGGGCUAUAAAGGCAAGAGUUACUGCAAAGGGUGAUCUUCGUCGCUAUAAUAAUGCCAAAGGUGAUGGAAAAGUUUUCUCUUUUGACCUCCUUGAUUCUGAUGGAGGAGAGAUACGUGUGACCUGCUUCAAUGCUGUUGUUGAUCGUUUCUACGAGGUCAUAGAAGUUGGUAAAGUUUACUUAAUUUCUAAAGGUAGCCUAAAACCUGCGCGGAAGGAUUUCAAUCACCUAAAGAAUGAAUGGGAGGUUUUCUUGGAGGCAUCUUCCACUGUGGAACAUUGUCCAGAUGAAGAUGAUGCCAUACCAAGACAGCAGUUUUCUUUUAUACCUAUCAGUGAAAUUGAAAAUGCUGAAACCAACUCUAUUUUGGAUGUUAUUGGUAUUGUAACAUCUAUCAAUCCAUCAAUUCCUGUUUUGAGGAAAAAUGGUAUGGAAACUCAAAGAAGAGUUCUGAAUUUGAAGGAUGCGUCUGGCAGGAGUGUCGAGCUGACACUGUGGGGAGAUUUUUGCAACAAAGAAGGUCAAAAUCUGCAAGAAAUAAUUAACUCAGGCCUCUCGCCAGUUUUGGCUGUGAAGUCUGGGAAAGUAAGUGAUUUCACUGGGAAAUCCAUUGGGACAAUUUCUUCUACACAGCUUUUCGUAAAUCCAGAUCUUUCUGAGGCUCUCAUCUUGAGAGACUGGUACGAUGGUGGGGGGAAGAAUACUACUUCUCUGUCUAUUUCUAAAGAAAUUAUGUCAGGAUCUGCCAAGAAUGAGAUUCGAAAGUCUGUAUCUCAGAUAAAAGAUGAAGGACUUGGCAGAUCUGAUAAGCCAGAUUGGAUAACCGUGAAAGCAACAAUAUCGUUUAUUAAAACAGAUUCCUUCUGCUACACAGCAUGUCCGUUAAUGAUUGGAGAUCGACAAUGCAACAAGAAGGUGACUAGAUCAGGAAACUCAAAGUGGCUGUGUGACCGGUGCAAUCAAGAAUUUGAGGAUUGCGAUUACAGGUAUCUUCUCCAAGCCCAAAUCCAAGACCAUACUGGAUUGACAUGGGUGACCGCCUUCCAGGAAACUGGUGAAGAGAUUCUGGGUGUCUCAGCCAAGGAGUUGUACAUGUUGAAGUAUGAACAGCAGGAUGAUGUCAAGUUUGGUGAAAUAAUCAGAAGUAAAAUUUUCGAUCAAUUUCUGUUUAGACUCAAAAUCAAGGAGGAGAUGUACGGGGAUGAACAGAGAGUGAAAAAUACUGUAGUUAAGGCAGAUCGGGUAAACUAUUCUUCAGAAAGCAAAUAUAUGUUGGAUUUGCUUUCAAAAAGGUAACAAAUUAUUUCUUGCCGAUUAGGCGAUAUAAUUCUGUCCAGAAUUAUUUUACUCUUGGAGGACGAACAUAUGUUCUUUUUUUUCAGACAUUCGUAGAAUAAAAUGUAUUCAGGCAAAGCGAAAGUGAUGGUUUGAGCAAAUAGGUACUUUACAUUCAAUAUAUAUCACAGUUUCUGGUGAUUUACGGCAGGAGCCGCAUAUUACACACAAAACACAGAAACAACCACUACA